CAGCUUAUCCAUUACCACCUCCUGGCAGAGCAUCUAGCCUCGCAUCGUGGCAGGCCCAGUAAGUGACAGAGCUUGCUGGCUAAAAAAAACUUCCGGCCACACCGCAGGCAAGCUCCCAAAAGGGACAUGCUCUGUCCUCAAAUUCCAAGCCACACGCCACACUCCGGUCGCCUCCGCGCCUUCGUGCCUCCUCCAGGACUAUCCUCAGUAGAUAGCCCGGCACCGUGGACAGGCCCAGUGAGUGACAGAGCUUGCUGGCUAAAAACAAUCGUCCACACCGCGGGCUUAGCUCCCACACAGGACAUGAUCUUGCCUCAGACUCCACGCCACACACGAUCCCAUGCUCAUCAUCGCGCCUCGAUCGAGUCUUCGUGCCUCUCUUGCCUCCCUCAAGUCUUUGCCUCUCUGCAGCCUGGCACCGUGGACAGGCCCAGUAAGCGACAGAGCUUGCUGGCUAAAAACAAUCGUUCACACCGCGGGCUUAGCACUCUCUCUCCCACCAGACCGUACAACCCUUUAUCCGGUCGAGAGGCAAAAGACAAAAAACAACAAAUCAAAAAAAAAAAAGAAAGAAAGAAAGAAAGAAAAAAGCUCAACGAGUCUCACAGUAGCUGCUCCGCGGGCAAGCCCAGUAAGUGACAGAGCUUGCUGGCUAAAAAAACUCCGCCCGCA